GCCUGGGUUUAGAUGCUCUGAAGACAGAGGGGGAGAGCGAGUCCGAGGUUGUAAAGGAAUCGCAGGUGGAUGAGAUUAGAGUGGUGACCGGGUCCGCUGAGUCCGCAGCACUCAGACUACGUGUUCCUCUGCAGCAGGUGCAGGCCCAGCAGUCACUAUUUCUGAUAACUUUCACAUGGAUUCUGAUGGCAGUGACUCUUCAGACUCAGAGUCUGAUCUCCUCUUGGGCUUUCUGGACAGUCUGGACCCAGAGAUGUUUCUCAAAUAUGAUGAUUCAGAGUCAACGUGCCUGGAAAAGCUGGAGGAAGAGAUCUGUGGAGAAACAAAUUCCAUACCAGCCUCCCCCUCUCCAUCUUUGGGGUCCUCAUCAGCUAAGCUGGAGGCCAUUAAUGAACUGAUAAGGUUUGAUCAUGUGUACACAAAGCCCCUAAUAGUGGAGAUUCCUGUUAAAAUGGGCAAACAAACCAAUAUGCUAGUGAAAAUUGAGGAAGUAUCUCUUGCUCCAUCUGAAGACAAAGCUAUACCUGAGGUCCCAGUAUCUGUGAAAGAAGAACCUGUAGACAGCUUCAUGCCUGAACUGGGCAUCUCUGAUCUGCUUUCCUCUCAUCAUAGCCUUGGAGCCUCAAGCUAUCUGUUGGAUGCCUGUAGUGACUCUGGAUAUGAAGGAUCCUUGUCGCCCUUCAGUGGCUCCCAAAAUGCAAACGCCAACUGA